AUGUUGGAGACGAUUCCCUUGCUAGAAGCAUGUGUUAAGGAGGCACUGCGAGUUGCCGCACCGGCAAGAGGGAGACAUCCUCGGGUUGUGCCCCCAGGGGGGUGGACUUACAAAGGUCGAUAUCUCCCGGAAGGUACAAUCAUCAGUGGAUCUACCAUGUUCCAUUGCCUUGACCCAGCUGUUUAUCUUGAACCUUUAGAAUUCAGGCCAGAACGUUGGCUCGUUCAAGAUUCCAAGUCAAUGCAACAAAGUCUCGUACCAUUCUCUCAUGGCUCAAGAUCAUGCAUUGGGCAAAACCUCGCGAAAGCUGAGCUUUUCAUCGGUAUAAGCCAAGUUGUCAUGAAUCUGGACCCUGGAGAGUGCCUCGACUCAAGUUUAGACUAUAGCGAGUACUCAGGAAUAACCUUCCCAACGACACUUGUAAAAGUUACUCUGAGGCCGCGAAAAAAGGACCCUGAUGAAUUGCAAUGA